GAUUGGAACGCAGGGAACAAGCCUGCCCUCUUUCCCUGCAGAGGUGUACUUUUGAAAGGCAGGGCACCGCCCAGUGACACCUCUUUUUAUUUGAGAGUGUGAUUUCAGGCAUGCGCAGAUCUAAAAAUGGGCGGAUCUCUGAUCACGAGUUUCGUUUCCCCCAAACAUUUUCGCAUUUCGCUCAACACUGAUCUAGCGAAGAUUUCACGGCAUUUUGAUGGCGAAGGAAACUCUUCUGAAGAUCCUGUGUGGGAAUAACGGAGCGAUGGAGUACGAGCGCGUUCUCGAUCUGUCAUACGGACUGCCGGAGUUAUCAGACCUGGAUCAGGUCAUCAAGGGUGACAUCUUCACUGUGAUCCAGCACAGCGACAGUAAAGAGAUCAUCGUGAAAGCUGACGUGAAACUGUGUAACAACAGCGAGUGUGACGGAGCCGUGUGUGGAGAUCUGCACAUGUGUAAAUAUGAACUCAUGAUGGGACACUGUAACAGGCGAGUGUGUGUUUUUGGACACGAGCUGAUAUCUAAACACAACAUCAGAGUCCUCAGAGAUCAUCAGAUUUCUGCUCUGAGUCGAGAGGAACUUUGUGUGAUGUUACUGCAGAGUGACUCCAACCUCCUGCCUCCUGUGUGCGUGUUGUACAACAGAAGUGGCGGGCCGUACGGUAGGUGUCCAGAGAAAGAGCAGUGCACGAGACUGCACGUGUGCGAGAGUUUCAUCAGAGGAUGCUGUGAUGUCACAGAAUGCGGCAGUUCACAUGAUUUCCACGGGCCCGAUACGCUCAGGGUUCUGAGACGCAGAGGAGUGUCUGAUCAUCUGAUGUCUUCUCUUCCCUUCAUCUACCGCAACAUUCUCACACUGAAGAGACACAGGAACAUCAGACCGCAGUCUGAUCUCACCGGCACCAAGCAACCUGUCCGGCAGAAGAGAAGAAACACAGAACUUGAAAUCUGCCUCUCGUUUGUCAAAGGCUUCUGUAAGAACCGAGAAUGCAGCAGAAUUCAUUUUAAAAUGCCGUAUAAGUGGGAGGUGAAGGUGGAUGACACCUGGGCUGCGUUACCAAACAAUGAAGAGAUUGAGAGAGAAUACUGUGAGCCAUCUAACGUUAACAGUUCAGGAACGGUGCCUGUUUGUUUUGAGGACAUGACUCUGGGCCUGAAUGAGGUCCUGCGUCUCUCCACAGAACCCUCAGUUCUCUUUCCCAGUUUCAUUUUCACCACCACCUGGAUCUGGUAUUGGAGAGACCAGUAUGACCACUGGAUCCAGUACGCAUCACUGAAAGAAAUGCACAGAAUGUGUAUGGUGUGCAGUGAUGAGCUGGAGAAGAGAUAUCAGGAGUCUUUACAACUGCAGAACCCUUCCGAUCAGGAUGAUGUUGUGAGGUUCAGAGCAGGAAAACACUUUUAUCAGCUGAACUUUAAAGAUAUGGUCCAAAGAAAUGAAGUAAGUGGAACAGAGAGACCCGUGAGACGACGGCCCGUGUUUGUCUCCUCAGUGGACGUCCACAUCUCCAGAACAAGCAGGAAAAACUCUUCGGCCAGACCUCAUGUUUUUAAAGGUUUUCCUGGAUUUUGGGACCAAAGUGCGAUUCCUGACCGUGGAUUUCAGAGAGUUCGUCUCCAUCCGUCUGACAGAGAUUACGCCAGAGUUCAGGAUCUCUUCUGUCAGACUAUGAGCUCUUUCACCAUCAGACAGAUUGAGCGUGUGCAAAACAGAAAACUCUGGGGAAUCUUCAUCACGAAAAAAGAAGCCCUGAAGAAAACUAACCAAGAGAGAUUUGGUGAGCGGCUUCUAUUUCAUGAUACCAAAUCCUCACUCCUCGAUGUUGUUUGCUGUCAAAACUUUGACAUUGGGAUGUCUGAUACCUCAGAGUAUGGCAAAGGGAUUUAUUUCUCAAAGGAGGCACAGUCCUGCCAUAAAAACACAGAUGAAUGUGGAGUGAGGAUGAUGUUCGUGUGCAGGGUGUUGCUCGGACACUACACCAGAGGAGCCUUUCAUUACUGUCGCCCUCCGCCCAAAAAUGCUACAGGAGAUCAUUACCACAGUUGUGUAGACAAUCUUCGUGACCCGUCUGUCUUUGUGUUGUUUGACAGGUCACAGAUCUACCCAGAGUUCCUCAUUACUUAUGAGCAGAAUAAAACAUUUGAAAUGUCUCUAAUGGCGAGUGCCGCUCGGGUAAAUGUAAAGAAUGUUAGACAAACUCCUGAAAGCUCCGAUGUCAGGACAAACCCAAGCAGUGGAAUAAAGUCAUCACCCGCUUUUGCUUCUGCUUCCGGGUCAGAACAAACCUCAGGAUCUUCUAGUUCCUCCAGAGAAACACAUUCACUCUCUGCUCUCUCGGGUUCAACAAUAAAUACAAAUCUAAUUCUCUCCACUAGAGAUCCUGUCUCAAAUGUCCCAAAAACUGAUCUCAAUGCAGUUCUGAUGAUGACGAGUGAUGAAAUCCCCCUGCUAACACCACUGCAGCCUGCUGUCCAACUGCAUGCUUGGAGAUUCUCAAGUGAUCCAGAUCACCAGAACAUCUCAGUCGAGUCUGUGAACCGUUCUUCAUCUGAAAACACCCAAAAAGUCCCUGAGAUAUACAGCGGUUCUGUGACCUCUUCAUCAUCUGGAACAAUUCAAGACGUUUCUGAGAUUCGUUCUUCAUCUGGAACAAUUCAAGACGGUUCUGAGAUUCGUUCUUCAUCUGGAACAAUUCAAGACGUUUCUGAGAUUCGUUCUUCAUCUGGAACAAUUCGAGACGUUUCUGAGAUUCGUUCUUCAUCUGGAACAAUUCGAGACGUUUCUGAGAUUCGUUCUUCAUCUGGAACAAUUCGAGACGUUUCUGAGAUUCGUUCUUCAUCUGGAACAAUUCGAGACGUUUCUGAGAUUCGUUCUUCAUCUGGAACAAUUCGAGACGUUUCUGAGAUUCGUUCUUCAUCUGGAACAAUUCGAGACGUUUCUGAGAUUCGUUCUUCAUCUGGAACAAUUCGAGACGUUUCUGAGAUUCGUUCUUCAUCUGGAACAAUUCGAGACGUUUCUGAGAUUCGUUCUUCAUCUGGAACAAUUCGAGACGUUUCUGAGAUUCGUUCUUCAUCUGGAACAAUUCGAGACGUUUCUGAGAUUCGUUCUUCAUCUGGAACAAUUCGAGACGUUUCUGAGAUUCGUUCUUCAUCUGGAACAAUUCGAGACGUUUCUGAGAUUCGUUCUUCAUCUGGAACAAUUCGAGACGUUUCUGAGAUUCGUUCUUCAUCUGGAACAAUUCGAGACGUUUCUGAGAUUCGUUCUUCAUCUGGAACAAUUCGAGACGUUUCUGAGAUUCGUUCUUCAUCUGGAACAAUUCGAGACGUUUCUGAGAUUCGUUCUUCAUCUGGAACAAUUCGAGACGUUUCUGAGAUUCGUUCUUCAUCUGGAACAAUUCGAGACGUUUCUGAGAUUCGUUCUUCAUCUGGAACAAUUCGAGACGUUUCUGAGAUUCGCAGCUGUUCUGCGAUUCGUUCUUCAUCUGGAACAAUUCAAGACGUUUCUGAGAUUCACAGCGGUUCUGAGAUUCGUUCUUCAUCUGGAACAAUUCAAGACGUUUCUGAGAUUCGUUCUUCAUCUGGAACAAUUCGAGACGUUUCUGAGAUUCGUUCUUCAUCUGGAACAAUUCGAGACGUUUCUGAGAUUCGUUCUUCAUCUGGAACAAUUCGAGACGUUUCUGAGAUUCUCAGCUGUUCUGCGAUUCGUUCUUCAUCUGGAACAAUUCGAGACGUUUCUGAGAUUCACAGCGGUUCUGAGAUUCGUUCUUCAUCUGGAACAAUUCAAGACGUUUCUGAGAUUCUCAGCUGUUCUGCGAUUCGUUCUUCAUCUGGAACAAUUCAAGACGUUUCUGAGAUUCUCAGCUGUUCUGAGAUUCGUUCUUCAUCUGGAACAAUUCAAGACGUUUCUGAGAUUCUCAGCUGUUCUGCGAUUCGUUCUUCAUCUGGAACAAUUCAAGACGUUUCUGAGAUUCUCAGCUGUUCUGCGAUUCGUUCUUCAUCUGGAACAAUUCAAGACGUUUCUGAGAUUCUCAGCUGUUCUGCGAUUCGUUCUUCAUCUGGAACAAUUCAAGACGUUUCUGAGAUUCUCAGCUGUUCUGCGAUUCGUUCUUCAUCUGGAACAAUUCGAGACGUUUCUGAGAUUCGCAGCGGUUCUGCGAUUCGUUCUUCAUCUGGAACAAUUCGAGACGUUUCUGAGAUUCGCAGCGGUUCUGCGAUUGGUUCUUCAUCUGGAACAAUUCAAGACGUUUCUGAGAUUCGCAGAAGUUUUGUGACCUCUUCAUCAUCUGGAACAAUUCAAGACGUUUCUGAGAUUCACAGCGGUUCUGCGAUUCGUUCUUCAUCUGGAAACAUCCAUGAUGUUUCUGAGGUACGCAGUGGUUCUGUGUCUCUCAGUCAGUUGAGAGGUGAUUCGAGGGAUUCACUGUCCACAGUGGUUCAGUACUCAAAUUAUGCUGUGAAACUGUCGUCUCCUCCAGUCGCAGUGAACAGAUCCUCAGUGUCUGAUGGUGUUGUUGUCUCUUCUGCUCAGAGUUUAUCUCGCUCUAGUGGAUCUGUGUCAAACUCUUUAGCGCUUUCCUCUCGUCAGACUGUCUGCUCUCAUUAUGGCAGAGAAAACUCUUCAGCAAUGAGACGUGAGAGUGCAGAGAGAAGCCCACACCAUACCACCACCACGAUCACUACAGAGGGGAAAAAAUGCACUGUCAUGUGA